AUGUGGCAGGGUUCAACCCUUUUGACGCCUGAAGAGCAGCGCAAGCGGAAGAUGAGGACUCUCAAACUUUACCUGGACUACGUUCUGACGAAGAAAAUCCCCCAGUCGGAUAUCCAAAAACCCAGAGAUGUUUGGAACGUUGCUCUCGACUCAGACCGUCCAGUUCUUCUCAGCAUUAAGAUACAGUUCCACAAGAUUAACCGAGGUGUACCUCCUCAAUCGAACAUCGACAUUACAUCUGAAAGGCGAGAGUGCAGAACGAAUUCCCGCCAACGUGUGUCUAUUCAUGUUGGAGUACGGACCAGAAAGAAGCUUGAUUUCUUGCGGAUUUCUUUGCAGAGUGCAUCCAGGACGAGUGCGAAGAAAGCACUCCCGGUUCAAAUGCCGCGGAAGAAGUUUGUCUUUGCAUCUGCGGAGACAAGAUACACGUAG